ACAAAGGCAGACAAGCAGGAAGAAGACGAAGACGAGGACGAACAACGAAAACACUGCAGCAAAGACUUAAAAUACUUGUUUUACGAGAUUUAAACACUUAAAAAUGGGGUUCGUAAAGACUGGUGUAGUCUUCGUGUUCUUCUGCGGAGUGUUCGUCCUUCAGGCGGCAGUUUCUACAGAAAACAGCGAUGUUCACUCCCUCACCUACAUCUACACGGCCUUCUCCCACAAACCCUCGCUGCCCGGCUUCCACCAGUUCACAGCUGAGGGUCGACUGGACGAUGUCAUCAUCGACUACUUUGACAGCGACAGACUUGAGAAGGUUCCCAAACAGUUGUGGAUGGACAGUCUUGGGAAGUCGUACUGGUCCAGAGGAACAGAGACCCGCAAGAGCAAGCAGCAGUGGUUCGAUGUCAACAUCGGAAUUCUAAUGGAGCGCCUGAGACAGAACAAAACUGACCUCCACACCCUUCAGUGGAUGCACGGCUGCAAGGCCAAGAGGCUGGACGACGGCCAGCUGUCCUUCAGCCGCGCCCUCGACAUGUACAGCUAUGACGGGAAGGACUUCCUGUCCUUCGACGACGCCAAUGAUGCCUGGUAUUCCUCUAACUCUGCUGCAGCGGAGACCAUUAGGAAGUGGGACCAGGUUAGCACUCUGAAGGUUUACACCAGAAGCUACCUGGAGUCGGACUGCUUGAGGUGGAUGAAGGAUUUCUUGGGUUACAGAGAGAAGUUUCUUAAUAAGACUGCUCCUCCAAAGGUGGUCAUAUAUGCGGCGAGGUCCCACGUCGAGUCAAGCGUGCGCCUGACGUGCUCCGCCACCGGGUUCCACCUCAAAGACAUCGAGCUGCGGAUGAGGCGGAACGGCGAAAUCAUCGACAGGUCGAUGGGACUCACGAGCUCCGGAGUUCGACCCAAUCACGACAACACGUUCCAGAGGAAGGACUCUGUGGAGAUCUUCAAGAGCGACAAUUCUCAGUUCACGUGUGAGGUCGUCCACGCACCCUCACGUUUACACGUCACAGACGUUUGGGAUCACACACUUCCUUCCGGGUCUUCAAAUGUCCCGCUCAUUGCUGGGUCGAUCAGCGUCUUCUUGGUUGUGAUGGUUGUGAUAGCCAUCGUGUUGCUUCUCUGGUACAAGACCACCGUUCUUCCCUGCAAAAGUGGAACCAACAAAGGUUCAAAUCCCUCCAUGGGCAGCUCACAGAGCUCUGGCUCUGAUGAAUCGGGUAACCUUCUUUGUUUUCCUCAUGAUUGCUUCUAAAAUAAAAGUCUAAUUUCCUGUUUGCCCAUGCUGAAAGAGGCCGUUAAAAUUUGUCGUAAAAACUUUGCAGUUUAGUAAGAUGUGAAAUAUGUCGUAAUGUGACAUUUGGACGUCGGGAGAAUCUCGACACUGAUUGGUUUUUACAAUAAAAUUUGCAUGUUAUGAAUCUGAAAAUUUCAGAACGAUACGUUUUUAUAAGCUUUGUGUUAUUUUUCAAACAAAUGUAUAAAAGAUAAAUAAACUAAAA